AUGAUCUGCCUCAACAAGGCCGACGAGGGCACCUUCAAGCACCUCUCCUUCAACCAGAGCCCCCCCGCCCUGGCCCCCAGCCACACCACCCGCCAGGACCUCAACGGCAUCGCCAACCUGCGCGAGUUUGUCGCCGGCGGGCAGGACGUCAACGGCGGCGACGCCUCGGCGGUGGGCGCCAACGGGGACAGAGGCGGACCAGACGUGUGGCAUCACGAGCCCUGGCCCGUCGCCGCGGCUCUGGAUGCGAGACGACGGCCCUGGCUGUUCUCGCGUCUCAAGGCGGCCGUUGGUGGUGAAGACCAGCCUCGCCUCCGGGUGUCGUCCUCGGGCCGCCUCGAGCGCCUGUGGAGUUGGACCACCUGGACCCUUUCCGUCCUCUUCUCUGCGUAUCUGCUUUCUUCUCUGCCUCCGUUUCUGAGCUCGCACCAUGGAUCCCCCACCGCCCAUGUUGUGGCAGCCGACGCCGCAGCUGCCAGUGCUCCCGCACGCCUUCGCAAGCGCUCGACGUGCGCGACUGGCGGCGUCGACCCGGCCAAGUACAACCUGCCGCUCCAUGCGGGUGCCAUUGCCAUCAUCCUCUUCGUCUCGACCCUCGGCUGCGCCUUUCCCAUCAUGGCCACCAAGUUCCCCGGUCUGCGCAUCCCGCGGCGCUUCUUCUUCGCCAUCCGUCACUUUGGCACCGGUGUCCUCAUUGCCACGGCCUUUGUCCAUCUGCUGCCCACGGCGUUCCAGUCCCUCGGCAACGACUGCCUAAGCUCGUUUUGGACGGAAGGCUAUCAGCCCAUGCCAGGAGCCAUAGCUUUGGCUGCCAUCUUCCUCAUCACCGUCAUCGAGAUGAUCUUCCACCCGUCCCGCCAUGUGCCGCCGCCUCAGAUCGUUUCGGGCGGUCGGGCCGGUGGCCAGGGCCAAGAGGCCAAGGGCGGCCACCUCUGCUCCAACACGGCCUUGAUGCCUUUCCGGGACAUGGGGCCUCUCCGCGGCCGCUCCUCUAGCAUUGGCCAGGGCCUGUCGCAGCUGGACCAGAUCCACCAGCUGGCUGAGCGGGAUGACGCCGCACAGGUGUCCAAGCAAGAGGACAACACGGCCAUUCAGGACAGCGGUGCCGAGUCGCUGUCAGAGGUGCAAUUGUCGCCCGAGAUGAAGCUCCGAAAGGAGCGUCUCCAGUGCGUCUUGCUCGAGAUGGGCAUCCUCUUCCACAGCGUCUUCAUCGGCAUGGCUCUGAGCGUCUCCGUCGGGACCGACUUUAUCGUCCUCCUCAUCGCCAUCAUCUUCCAUCAGACGUUUGAGGGCUUGGCGCUUGGCUCCCGCAUCGCCACCGUGGAUUGGGGCACCAGGACGUGGGAGCCUUGGUUCAUGGCGCUCCUCUAUGGAUGCACCACGCCGCUCGGCCAGGCGCUUGGCGUGGCGACGCACACGCUGUACAGCCCGGACUCGGAGGUGGGCCUGAUUGUCGUGGGCGUCAUGAAUGCCAUCUCGGCCGGCCUGCUUACCUUUGCGUCCCUGGUCGAGCUGCUGUCCGAGGACUUUUUGAGCGACGAGAGCUGGAGGUAUCUGCGCGGCAAGCAGCGCGUGGGUGCCUGCGUGCUCGUCUUUGCCGGCGCUUUCCUCAUGAGCCUCGUCGGGGCCUGGGCGUAG